AUGGCCUUCUUCCGCAUCACCCUCCACCGCUCGGCCAUCGGGCUGCCGGAGCGCACGAGGGGCGUCCUCGCAGCCCUGGGCCUGCGCCGUCGCGCCCAGACCGUCUUCCACCCGGUCGAGCCGCAGUUUGCCGGCAUGAUCCUCAAGGUCAAGGAGCUGGUGCGCGUCGCCGAGGUCCCGCGCCGGGUGGGCAAGGCCGCCCUCCGCCGCGAGCGCAAGCCCGACCAGGGCUUCUACCUGGAGAGGGGCAUGCCGAGGAUGGAGGCGUGGAGGCCGGGCAAGGGGGUGGAUGGGGACGAGGUGGCGAGGACUUGA